AAGUCGGAAGGCAGAGGAAACACCUCGAUUCAUUGCCAAGAAGAGGAGAGCGGCUCCGGUACGGGACACAGGUCAGUCCUAAGGCUCCAGUCAGUGUGACUCAAGGAACCGAGGGAACCGCCAGCGAGCACUUUCUUUCCGGCUCCUGGCCUUGCAGGGCCACUUCCGGGAGAGGGCGGGGAGAUUUGAAAAGGAGUGCGGGGAAGGAGGCCUUUUGCACUGCACCAGGCGGAAGUGUGCCAAAGGUAUCCGGAUUGCCGCUUCCGGUCCGGGUUAACGCGGUUGGGAUACACUGCGUGGUCCGUGUGGUGCUGGGACGGACUUCUGAGGGCCAAUCGUGGGUGAAGAGGCAAGCACCGGCGUCAGGACAUCGAAGUGGGCAAUCUAAUGGGAGGAUCGGAAAAAAAGCCAGGAACCUGAAUACGACCUCACUCUCUGUUUCCGAGGGGGCAACUUCCAUCGGGAACCCCUCUGCCCUGGUAACGGCCAAAGAAGAGAUGGCGCCAGUCGGGGAGCGGCUGUGGCCGACACAGUAAGGAAGGGCGAAGGCGGAGCAACCGGAGGAACCGUGGAGAAGAGCGAGAGCCGUCACUGCCGCCGCCACCGCCACCACCAUGGAAGGAGCCAAGCCGACCCUGCAGCUCGUGUACCAGGCAGUGCAGGCGCUUUACCACGACCCGGAUCCCAGCGGCAAGGAGCGCGCCUCGUUUUGGCUUGGGGAGCUGCAGCGUUCGGUUCAUGCAUGGGAGAUUUCAGACCAGUUGCUACAGAUUCGACAGGAUGUAGAAUCAUGCUAUUUUGCUGCACAGACCAUGAAAAUGAAGAUUCAGACCUCAUUUUAUGAGCUCCCCACAGACUCUCAUGCCUCUUUACGGGACUCAUUACUAACCCAUAUCCAGAACUUGAAAGACUUGUCACCUGUCAUUGUAACACAGCUGGCUUUAGCAAUAGCAGACCUUGCCCUACAGAUGCCUUCAUGGAAGGGGUGUGUACAAACAUUGGUGGAAAAAUAUAGCAAUGAUGUGACUUCUCUGCCUUUUCUGCUGGAGAUCCUUACAGUGUUACCUGAAGAAGUACAUAGUCGUUCCUUACGAAUUGGAGCUAACCGACGCACAGAAAUAAUAGAAGAUUUGGCCUUCUACUCUAGUACAGUGGUAUCUCUAUUGAUGACCUGUGUAGAAAAAGCAGGAACAGAUGAGAAAAUGCUUAUGAAGGUCUUUCGCUGUUUGGGGAGUUGGUUUAACCUAGGCGUUUUGGACAGUAACUUCAUGGCUAACAAUAAGUUACUAGCACUCCUUUUUGAGGUUUUGCAACAGGAUAAGACCUCAUCCAACCUACAUGAAGCUGCUUCAGACUGUGUGUGCUCAGCUCUCUAUGCCAUUGAGAAUGUGGAGACUAACUUGCCAUUAGCCAUGCAACUGUUUCAAGGAGUCCUGACAUUGGAGACUGCCUAUCAUAUGGCUGUGGCACGUGAAGAUUUAGACAAAGUUCUGAAUUACUGUCGGAUUUUUACUGAACUAUGUGAAACUUUUCUUGAAAAAAUUGUUUGUACUCCAGGCCAAGGUCUUGGGGACCUGCGAACUCUAGAACUGCUUCUUAUCUGUGCAGGACAUCCUCAGUAUGAGGUAGUAGAAAUCUCCUUUAACUUUUGGUACCGAUUAGGGGAGCAUUUGUACAAAACUAAUGAUGAAGUUAUUCAUGGCAUCUUCAAAGCUUACAUUCAGAGGCUACUUCAUGCCUUGGCUCGACACUGCCAGCUAGAACCAGACCAUGAGGGGGUUCCUGAGGAGACAGAUGACUUUGGGGAGUUUCGAAUGAGGGUAUCAGACCUGGUGAAAGACUUGAUUUUCCUGAUUGGGUCUAUGGAGUGUUUUGCUCAGUUAUAUUCUACUCUGAAAGAAGGCAACCCACCCUGGGAGGUGACAGAAGCGGUUCUCUUUAUCAUGGCUGCUAUAGCAAAGAGUGUUGAUCCGGAGAACAAUCCAACGCUUGUGGAGGUCCUAGAAGGAGUUGUCCGUCUCCCAGAGACUGUACAUACAGCUGUGCGAUACACCAGCAUUGAAUUGGUUGGAGAGAUGAGCGAAGUGGUUGACCGAAAUCCUCAUUUCCUUGACCCUGUAUUGGGCUAUUUGAUGAAAGGCCUGUGUGAAAAGCCUCUGGCUUCUGCUGCAGCCAAAGCCAUUCAUAACAUUUGUUCUGUCUGCCGAGACCACAUGGCUCAGCACUUUAAUGGACUCCUGGAGAUUGCCCGUUCCCUCGAUUCCUUCAUGUUGUCUCCGGAAGCUGCUGUGGGCUUGUUGAAAGGGACAGCACUUGUUCUAGCCAGAUUACCGUUGGAGAAGAUUACUGAAUGUCUUAGUGAACUAUGUUCUGUUCAGGUUAUGGCAUUGAAAAAGCUGUUGUCUCAGGAGCCCAGCAAUGGUAUAUCCUCAGAUCCCACUGUGUUCUUAGAUCGUCUUGCAGUAAUAUUUAGACACACUAAUCCCAUUGUGGAAAAUGGGCAGACUCAUCCGUGCCAAAAAGUCAUUCAAGAACUCUUUCUUUCUUGUGCUUUUUCACUUUUGACUCAGAUAUGGCCAGUUUUAUCUGAGACUUUAAAUAAGCAUCGGGCCGAUAAUCGGAUUGUAGAGCGUUGUUGCAGAUGCCUUCGCUUUGCUGUUCGCUGUGUAGGCAAAGGAUCUGCAGCCCUGCUGCAGCCACUAGUCACACAGAUGGUGAAUGUGUACCAUGUACAUCAGCAUUCCUGUUUCCUGUACCUUGGCAGUAUCCUUGUGGAUGAGUAUGGCAUGGAAGAGGGCUGUCGGCAAGGAUUACUAGACAUGCUUCAGGCACUGUGCAUCCCCACCUUUCAGCUCCUAGAACAGCAAAAUGGGCUGCAGAAUCACCCUGACACCGUGGAUGACCUGUUCAGGCUAGCCACCAGGUUUAUUCAGCGUAGCCCUGUUACCUUGCUGAGGAGCCAGGUGGUUAUCCCUAUCUUACAGUGGGCCAUUGCCUCUACUACCCUGGACCACCGGGAUGCCAACUGUAGUGUCAUGAGGUUCCUACGAGACCUCAUUCAUACAGGGGUAGCCAAUGAUCAUGAAGAGGACUUUGAAUUACGGAAAGAAUUGAUUGGACAGGUGAUGAACCAGCUUGGACAGCAACUAGUAAGCCAGCUGCUCCACACAUGCUGCUUUUGUCUCCCUCCCUACACCUUACCAGAUGUGGCCGAAGUGCUCUGGGAGAUCAUGCAGGUUGACAGACCGACUUUUUGUCGAUGGUUAGAGAAUUCCUUGAAAGGUUUGCCAAAAGAAACAACUGUGGGAGCUGUCACAGUGACACACAAACAACUAACAGAUUUCCACAAACAAGUCACUAGUGCUGAGGAAUGUAAACAAGUUUGCUGGGCCUUGCGAGACUUCACCAGGUUGUUUCGAUAGCUUACACUCCUGCACUGUGCCUGUCUCCCAGGAAUGUCUUUUUUAAUUAGAAGACAAGAAGAAAAUAAAAACCAGACUGUGUCCCACAAUCAGAAACCUCCAUUGUGGCAGAGGGGCCUUUACCGCCACCAGGGCGUCCCACCAGACAGGGAGAGACUCCAGCCCUCUGAGGCCAUCCUGAGGAGUUCCUGUUUGGGGAUGUGAGGGAAAAUCAGCACCGUUUCUAAAAAGAUGGCUGCAGCCUGUCCGGCGUGGUGGGAGGGAAGCUGGUUUCCUGGUGAACUUGUUUCUAAAAGGAAAAUUAAUUUUUAAGGAAUAAAAAAGGAAAACUAAACUGAAACCAGAACUGAAACAUCCUCCUGGUAGCAUAUGACACGCACACAUACAUACACGUACCUACACACACAUGCUACCACGCACAUGCCACCACGCAUGUGCAUAUACAGAAAAGUAAAGGUACAAACUUUCUGUGAAACAAAAACAGUUACUUGGGGAAAAUGGGAAUUCAAAUGAACUAUAUAGCUGCAAUUGGAAGACAAGAGUCACGAUCACCUCUUAAGGGUUUUUAUUGUUUUGUCCUCUUUUUCUCUCUUCUUUCUCAUUUCCCCUUCUCUUUUAAUGAAAGUGAGUAGAAAUUUUUUUCCAUCCUCCCCAACUGUUGCUUACCACCUUUAUAGAGUUCUUAGGACAGGGAGGAGUAAGCAAGGAGCCUUUUCUAUUUUAUAUCAUGGUCACAUCAGUGAUACUAGGACCUGCCAGGGCCAAAUUCAUGUAUAUCCCAACUCGCUGACUCCACUUCCAAUCCACAUUUGGUUAUCAGCCAUGAAGAAAAGAGCCAAAAUUGGGGUGAGUGAGAUAUAAGUGUAUAUUCUAAGUUUUAGGGUUUUUGUUGUUGUUUUAAUUAAUGUUUCUCCCAUAGACAUGAGGAAACAAAAGAGGGUGGGAAUAUGGAAAAAGUGUUUACAGGGCUAAACUGUAUUUUACUAAAAAUGUGGAACUUAUUUGACUUCAUGGGGAUGAGGUAGGAGCAGGAAGCCCAAAGCAGAUCUUAAUGUUCUAAAGGAGUUGCAGCCCCACACAGGCAUUACAUACGAGGGCACUGUUCUGUCUGGUGUUGUAGCCAUCUCAAGAACAAAUCAGCAACAGAAAAAAAAGAAAAGAAAAAUAAAUUUUUAAAAUUUAA